UAUCAACCGGCUCGCCUUAUAACCUACUCAACCGCGAUCUAUACAAAACGCGCAUAAACACAAACGCUUUUAUUAUGGGCGAAUUCGUUCACUUAUACCUGGAGAUCUUGAAUAAGUAUAACUGGACCACCAUAACUGUGAUCAACGACAUCACUUCUCCUCCGUUUCAUUCUCAGUUCGCAUCUACAUUCCUAAACCUUGUCAAAAGCCAGAAACACAUUGUUAGCAUUGUGAGGAAUAUAAGGACAAAAUCACCUGAUUUUACUGGAUUUCAACCGAUUCUCGAAAGGGUCCGUGCAACAAGCCGGGUGGUGAUGUACUUUGGCGGUGAACCGGCUUUGCGGAACUUUUUGGUGUACAUACUUGAAGAAAAUAACCUCUUUCCUCCAUUAACAUGGCGAGCUGGUGACGCAAACGAUUCGAUGCUCUUCGAAGCGUACAAAUCGGUCUUAAUUGUGAAUCCCAGUCAGGUUAUCGAGAACGCUAGUGUAAAAAUGCAGCUCGGUAAGGAAUUUCUCCGUCGCUCCGAGCACGACUACAACUACACGUAUCCAUUAGUAAGGCAGCCAUACGUCCUUAUUCUCAGCAGUUACAUGACCGUCUUUGCAUUAGCGGAGAUGAUCAACAAUACACUUGCAUCCGACGAAAAAGCGGACUGGAGAGGUGUUGCACUAGCAAAGCGUUUAUCCAACCAAACGUUCACCGAUGACUUUGGUCACAGCAUGUAUAUAGACAGCAAAGGCCAGCGGCUCAGCGACUUUGUGGUAUCUUUUAUCAACGCUAACGGGAGCCGCGAGACGUUACUGCGCAAAUUCGGCCAAACAGGAGCUUUAAUCGAAAUGACACAAUUACUGACGUGGGUCAACAGUUCAUUUCCUCUUCCCAACGAGCCGUAUUGUGGCUACCUAAAUCAGAAUCCGUCCUGCCUUUAUACAAGUGACAACCGUUCGUACGUGUUAACAGCCGUUUUAACAAGUCUCUGUCUUGCUAUCGGCAUAACGGUUUUAGUGUGGAUUGGAUAUAGCAGACUCAAAGCUAAUUACCAACUGCUUCACGACCCAUGGUGGCAAAUCCAGCUGCAAGAACCAACUAACCGCCUAGUAGCGUCCUGCCGUUCCCUGCUGUCGAGGAUUUAUGCCGACCAAAUCUCACAACACUCCAGAGAUCUCCCUGCGGCUUUUAGCUGGACACGAAGUUUUUGCAGCGCCGUAAUUUUCGACACAUAUAAAACCAAACCAGUUAUGGGCUGGAAAUUAUGCAACCGGAACCAUCCACUUGGUUUUCCCGACAUUUCGGGUAAUAACGAACUGUUGAUCUUGCUUCAAAAGUUAAACAGAAUGGAGCAUAUCAAUAUUUGCCAGUUUGCUGGACUUGCCAUAACAAAAUCUUCCAAAGGGAUUUACUGGAUUUCGGCAGUAAUGGACUGCCCAUCACGAGGCGCGUUGCCGGACAUAUUCGACAGCUAUGCUAGCAGGGACGCUUCACUGCCGACUUCCCUGGCUCACGAUUUUCUCCAAGCAGUACGGUAUAUCCACACUUCCUCGUUGCAGUUCCAUGGACGAAUCAGCAUCUUGACUUGCUGGGUGGAUAAACAUUUUUCACUGAAGCUAGCGCAUCUUGCUUCUGACAGAUUGCGACGAAGUCUACACGCGGUUUGUGGAGAUCUUAGUAUAGCAGUGUGUGAAAACAUUAUUUGGGAAUCCUUCUACUGGUCACCACCCGACACAGGAAACACGCUUGACAACAAGUCCCUGCAAAUGGUUGACAUUUACUCCUGCGGUCUGAUCCUGCUUGACAUACUGACAAUGGGAAAGCUUUUAGAGCAGAUCAGAGCACAUGCCCAAGCUGAUCAAAGUCUUCAAGACAUUUUGCCUGGGACAGUUUUCUCGUGCUUGCCUGACUUCGAAGCGAUAUUACGGUCGUGCAUCGCUCAGGACCCCCUGCAGCGACCGAAUAUAAAAAGUCUUAUCCGUGCGCUGGCCAGAGUUAAUCCAAUGCUGGCUGCACAGGAGAAAAAUACUACGCUUUUUGACCAAAUCUGUGCCAGGAUGGAAAGCUAUUCAAUUGAACUGGAAUACCAAGUUACGAAGCGGACUGCCGAAUUAAUGGAAGAAACGGAAAAAUGCAACGCAAUUAUCAAUCAGAUUUUGCCACGAUCUGUCGCCAAACAGCUUCGAGCCGGUGAAAAGGUCCUACCUGAAUUUUUUGAAUGCGCCACAAUUCUGUUCACGGAUCUGCAUGGAUUCGCUGACUUCGUUGAGGGCAAUUCACCGGAGACGACGAUUGCUGUCACGUCGGCAACGGAAGUCUGUAUUGAUAAGCUGACAACCGAGUGCAACGUUUAUAAAGUGGAAGCAAUUAGUGCUUCGUUUAUGGUGGCUAGCGGGAUUCCGGAAAGAAUUGGGAUAAACCAUAUUGAGCGUAUUGCGGUCUUCGCUAAAAAGCUAAUGGAUCUUCAGCCACAACUGGCCUUUCUGCAAAGCUUGCAGUUUAAGACUGGCAUUCAUUCGGGUCCUUGUGCUGCAGGAUUAAUGGGGCUAAAACGACCCCGUUAUUGCUUAUUUGGAGACACUAUUAACAUGGCCUCCAGAAUGUGCAGUCACGGUUUGCCAGGCCGUAUUCACCUCAGCCCAGAUAGCCAACUUCUGUUGAAACGAUUUAGCCAGUUCGUCGUGGAAGAAAGGGGACUGCUUUCUGUCAAGGGAAAACAUGAAGUAACAACCUACUGGCUUCAUCCGUCACCGCGGAAAUAAAUUAAUGUUUAAUCCGGUCUAUUGUGGAACUCUUGCCACAGGGGCCAAAUUCUGUGUUCAAUGUUUAUACUCGCACUGUCAGAACCGAUCCGGUUUUGUCAAGGUGCGCCGCACUAGGGUCUUGCCUUCCUUGUUGGCUC